CUGUGCCUUACACCUGUUUACCAUCCUUUUUUACACCAUCCCUAUGCCUUACACCUGUUUACCAUCCUUGUUUACCCCAUCCCCUGUGCCUUACACCUGUUUACCAUCCUUGUUUACCCCAUCCCUGUGCCUUACACCUGUUUACCAUCCUUGUUUACCCCAUCCCCUGUGCCUUACACCUGUCUCCCAUCCUUGGGUCCCCUGCUCCCAGGCGCGGUCGGAGAACGUGGACCCCCUGAGUAACGAGCUGGAGGACGAGGAGGAGGAGGAGCCUCGGGGAAACAUGGACACCUAUUGGUCGGAGCGGGACCGGCAGGUGCUGGCGCCGUGCGGGGGGCUGAUGAAGACGGCCGCCGCCUGCCUGAAGAAGCUGUCGGCCGCGGUCAAGGCCAGCGGCAGCGUGGCCACGCCCCAGACCGUGGCACAGCUCGAUGAUCUGGCCGACGUCACCAAGAUGAUCAGCCCUGGAGUCGAUGACCUGGCCCUGAGUCUCUACCCCCCCAUGGACUACUCUGGAGUGGAAAACAAUGCCUGCCAGCUGGCAUCUAUACUAAAGAAAGUUCUGGAGAUCAUCAGGUCCAGCCACGUGUGUCUGGAGGCUGAUCUGACCUGGGUUCAGUUUCUAGAACGUGCUGUGGAGCACAACCUGCACAAGAUCCAGGACCUUGUACAGGUCUCCAUCUAGCAGCACUGUGUGAGGAUUACACAGAUCAUCUUUGUCGUGCUCGUGUUUGAAGGAGAAAGAAAAGAAUUGUGUGGACCCACCCUGGUGUCACUCCAACGCUUAAGUGACAUCAAAACAAGGAAACGGUAUCUGUGGUUGGAUUUUUAGAAGUACUGGUUAUUACACAACGGACAUUCCUGGAGGAUUAACAUGAUUGACGUGCGGAAAGCUUCUGCCUGGUAGCGCUGGUCCCAGCUGAAUGUGCUGCCUUGGUUGUGUAGGAGAGACACUAGUGUUUCUAUGGCAUCUAUACUGUGUUAUAGAGUGCUACCUGGUGCAGUUUUGUAUUUGGGUUUGCUGAAUAAACAGGUUGUUGGACUGCAGACAAGAUGGUCA